CUAGUACUGCCUCAAACGUCCAAGAUGGCUGCUCCCAGUUCGUCGACUAAUCAGACAAGUUCAGCGCCAGUAUGUAGAUCUAGAUCUAGAUCUAGUCAGAAUAAUUUGAUGUUUCUGUCUUCUUUUUCUUGAAUACGUUUCAGUCCAGAUAGAUCUAGAUCUGUAUCAAGGAUACUCCUGUUUUAACUCCAACGAUUGCUGUUCGACAAAGAUUUCUGCACCUUCUGGGUCAAACACAGACACUGCCACUGCCUCAGGCACAACUGCACCGUCCAGCAUGGAAACCAAACCAUCGCCAAAACUCCUGGACCAGCUCAUGCAGAAAAAAUAUAGCACAAUUCCUCACGGAAUUCCGCCGUCAAUCUCAGGAGGAUCGGGAUCUUCACCAGGACAGCGGGUGCGGUCGGCAGCCGUCAACGGCCAGGAACAGUAUGCUAAUAAACUCAAGAAAAUAAGGCGGGCCAUAAAAGAUACCAUUUUUGUGAACGGUGCAGUCUGUGAUGAGGUGCUGAGGACGGAAGAAAAAUUGGCGAAAGCGAAAGAGGAGAGGAGGUUCUUGUUGAGAAAGUUGCUCCAGUACCAGUCGGUCACAGACACCCCCACAGCCACCGUCAAGACAGAGUCUCAAGCUACUCCGGCCAGACAACCCAAGACUCCUGCAGGUUCCCUGGACCCCAUGGCCUCAGAAACGAGUGGAAAGCCCAGUAAGGGAGUGAAGCGUAAAGCGGCAGGGGCCAGCCCUGUGGGUGCUGGGAUUUCUCCCUCUGCCAGUCUCGCCUCGCUGUCUCGGCCCGGGGAUGCCAAGAAAAAGGCGCCACAGUCGGCCAAAGAGAUCUUGGAUUCGUUACAAGUGCGCCCCAAGAAGAGCAAAGGUGUCAACAGGAAGGUCAUCCCUCCCCUCAUGUUGGAUUCUCUGGGCCGGCCCGUGUUCCCCAUGGCCUUAGGGGACGUCACACUACACAGUAUAGGGGAGAUUGUCCCGGACCGCCUGAGCUUCCACUGCCCAGACUCCAUCUACCCAGUGGGUUACUGUAUCACACGUGUCUACGCCAGUCUGCACAAACUUGACACCAAAUGUCUCUACACCUGCAAGAUCUCCGACAACAAUGAUGGACCUUUGUUUGAGAUAGCGGCAGAAGACAGCUCCGACAUCGUGUUCAAGGCCACCACCCCCACAGAGUGUCAUAGCUUGUUGCUGAGGGCUGUCAACAAAUCGAGGGGAGAGAUUCUGCCUACCGAAGGUCGAGGGUUGGAUUUCUUCGGCCUGUCUCACCCGGUCAUCCAGAACCUGGUCCAGUCGUGCCCCGGUGCCCGCAAGUGUUCCCGCUACAAGUGGGUCAAGUUUGAGAUCAACAAGGCGGAGACCAACGACAACGUGGCCGUGGGGGUCACUGACCCUUGUGUCAGCUACGACGCCUUGAAGAUGCACAUGAUUGCCAUUGGUCAAAGCCGACCCGGCCAGAACCUGGCGGCCCAUGUGGAGCAGUCGACAAAUCUACGCUCUUUGCUUACCAAGGGCAGCGGUCAGGGAUCUAGCUCAUGACUGGACGACUGAAUGACCCUUCUGUGUGUGUGUGUGUGUGUGUGUGUGAGAGAGAGAGAGGGAGAGAGGGAGUUACCUUUUUGGAAGUUAAAAACAACUUUCUGUGUUGGGGGAGUUAUGAUUUUUUAAGUGGGAACAAACAAGUUUGCAUGUGAGGGAGUUACGAUUUUCUUUCUUGUCUCAAGUUCAUGACUCUGCAGAGUAGACUCCAGCAGCAUCCCUAGUAGCCAGCGUCCUAGCUGUUAUGGAGAGAAAG